AUGGGACGGCAUCAUGAGAAUGAAAACUCGAGAGGUAAGUCUGAUCUUGCGCAGUGUUCGCUAAGUACGUUGCCUACCGAUACUCUAUCUUUACACGAAAAACACGAUGUUCUUUAUCGUCUACUUGAACUUUUGCCUGAGAGGUAUAUGUCUACAAAUAUAAACGAGCAACGUUUACCUGAGGCUCUUAUUUUGCGUAUUAUUCGUGAAGCUCAUCCUAUUAUUGCUAAUGAACCUAUUGUUGUUAAUAUUGAGUCCCCUGUUUGUGUAUGUGGGGAUUUACACGGACAGUAUUACGAUCUUGUAAAUAUUUUUAGACGAAGACCACCUUUGGGGGGUAAAGUUUUUGGUUCAAUAAAUAAUACACAAAUAUUUCAUAGACACAAACGAAGACGCAGUCAUAGUCAAGAAUCUUCGUUAUCACAUUCACAAGAAUUGAAAGAUACCAAUGAAACUACAUAUGGAUACCUUUUUUUAGGAGAUUAUGUUGAUCGUGGUAGUCGAUCUAUUGAAGUCGUAGUUACUCUUCUAGCAUUAAAAAUAAUAGAACCAUCAAAAAUAACUCUUUUGCGUGGAAAUCAUGAAGAUGAACAAAUUAUGCUUUUGUACGGUUUCUUUGAUGAAUGCAAAAGAAGGUAUGGAGUAAAGUUGUUCCGUAUCUUUGCUGAUCUUUUUCGUGUUCUUCCUGUAGCUGCAGUAAUUAAUGGAACUAUAUUUUGUAUGCAUGGAGGACUUUCUUCAGAAUUGAGGUUUAUUAAAGAUGUACCAGAUAUCCGUCCAUGUAAUGUUCCGCAUAGUGGAAUUAUUUGUGAUUUGUUGUGGGCGGAUCCAGAAGCUGAACUUCCACCAAAUGUAGAUUGGUCACCUAGUUCCCGAAGGAUAUCAUAUGUUUUCUCAGCAAGAGCGUUGGAAAAAUUUUUAAAGGAAAAUGAUCUUGAUAUGAUUUGUCGAGCACACCAGGUGGUAGAAGAAGGUUUUCAAUUUUUUCCUAACAAUAAGAAACGUCAUUUGCUUACCAUUUUUUCGGCUACAAACUAUUGUAACGAGUUUGGUAAUCGUGGUGGAGUUUUAUGUGUUGAUGCGGAGGGCACUUGUAGUCUUUUAAUUCUAGAGCCACCAAAUUUUCAGCAGCAACGAGUAAUAAUGAUGAAGCAAGAGGCUAUACCUAAUAGUCAACAGAAUUCUUCUGAAAUCGAUGGAUAA